AUGUCAAAAAAGAGGAGUGGUAAAGGCAAGGGACAGCCAUUGCUCGGCAGAGGAAAAGAACAUACUCAAUUCCUCGAGGCUUUGAAAUUGUACGAGUCUAAAAGCUAUAAGAAGUCAAUCAAGAUUCUAGAUGGCAUUUUGAAGAAAGAUUCCGAAUAUGUGGACGCUUUGGCGUUGAAAGCUCUUGAUCUUGUAUCUCUGGGCGAAAAAUCAGAGGCACAAAGCUACUGUAAGAACGCUCUAAGCAAGAUAGACGGUACAGCGGUUUCCCCAAUUUGUUGCCAUGUCCUGGGUAUCUAUAUGAGGACAGUUAAGGAGUAUGCGGAAUCGGUGAAAUGGUUCCAGGCUUCCUUGAGCAAUGGGUCAACCAAUCAGCAAAUUUAUAGGGACCUUGCAACUUUGCAAUCGCAAAUAGAAGAUUUCAAAGGUGCAUUGGUGUCGAGGAAAAAAUACUGGGAAGCUUAUCUGGGUUAUCGGGCCAACUGGACAGCUUUGGCUAUAGCACAAGACAUUAACGGCGAACAUCAACAAGCAGUAAAUACGCUAUCCCAGUUUGAGAAAUUGGUUGAAGGGAAGCUUGGAAAAGCCGAGUUGUAUGAGAAUAACGAGUGCUUGAUGUACAAAAGCGAUAUUAUGUACAGAAUUGCAGGAAACAACAAGGAAAAGUUGCAAAACGUUUUGAGACAUUUGAACGAAAUCGAGCCCAAUGUUUACGACAAAUGCAGUCUUUUAGAGGAGAAGGCAUCAAUCUAUAUGAAAAUGGGUGAGUUGAAGGAGGCCUCUAAGGUAUACAGAAUUUUGAUCAAACGGAAUCCAGACGACUUUAGAUACUACAAAUUGCUAGAGGUUUCGUUGGGUAUUCAAGGCAACAACGCUUUAAGAAAAGCAUUAUACGAAAAGUUGGAGAAAUUCUACCCCAGAAGUGAACCGCCCAAGUUUAUACCAUUGAAAUUCAUUGAAGAUGAAGAUUUAUUGAGCAAGAAGCUACAAGAGUAUGUCCUACCGCAGUUGAAGCGAGGUGUUCCAGCUGCCUUCUGCAAUGUUAAACCCUUGUAUCGUGGUAGAUCAUCCAUUGUACCAGCACUGUUGGAGAAGAUUGUCUCAGAAUACUUGCUCAAUAUUGAUCCAAUCAGCGAGCCAAUACCAUACAUUUGGACGUGUUACUACCUUGCUCAACAUUUUUUAUUCCUGAAACAAUUCCAAUCGUCACAAGAGAUUAUUGAUAAAGCAAUUCAGCAUACCCCAACAUUGGUCGAGUUGUAUCUCUUCAAAGGACGUGUUUUAAAGCACCUCGGUCUUUUCGAAGAAGCAGCGGAAGUUCUUGAAGAGGGCAGAAAAUUGGACCUGCAAGAUAGAUUUAUCAACACAAAGACCGUCAAAUACUUCUUGCGAGCAAAUAACAUCGGGAAGGCCACUGAAGUCGCCUCUCUGUUCACAAAAAACGAUGACGCGGUUAAUGGCAUCAAGGAUCUUCAUUUGGUGGAGGCCGCAUGGUUCGUCAUUGAACAAGCUGAAGCGCAUUAUAGACUUUACUUGCUGGCUUUAAGAAAACUUCAUAAUUUGAUAUCGGAGGCUGAGAAAGCUGAGGAUUCUGAACAGACUAAUAACGAAGACGGUGACAACCUAAUACACAACAUCAAAGUAACAGAAUGGGAGAUGCAGAAGAACCAAGGAUUGGUUCUCAAACGAUUCCAUGCGAUCGCAAAGUUUUACAAUCAAUUCGAAGAUGAUCAACUAGAUUUCCAUUCAUACUGCAUGAGAAAAGGAACUCCAAGGGCGUACCUAGACAUGCUAAAAUGGGGCAAGACCAUCUACACGAAGCCAAUGUAUGUUCGCGCCAUCCAAGGGUCUUUCAAACUUUACUCCUCUCUUCACGAUCAAUCUCUGUUGGAUCAAGAUGACAGCAUCCAAAGCAAAAUAAAAACUAUCAUGAAAAACCAUGCCAAGAAGGCUAAGAAAGAAACUUCUGCGAUCAACAAGCGCAAAGAAGAAGAUAAAAAGCAUUUUGCAGCCUAUGCAGAAGCUGAGGAUAAUGAUAUCUAUGGCAUUGAGCUGCUCAGUAAAAAAGAGCCACUGGAAGGGUUCCAAGGCAUAUACAAGAACUACUGCCGACAGGUGGGCGAGGUCGAUAAGGACUACACCCUCGAAUUCGAGUACCAAUACAGGAAGGGCAAACUAGCGCUAUGCCUGGGCGCUCUUUCCAAAUACACAAAAAUCCAUGGCACUAAAUCUGGCCUUGCAGAUGCAAUGGCAAUUGUUCUUCUGCUUUCGACUAAAGAAGGAGCUCCCUUCGAUGUCAUCGGCAAGAAAGUCGCCUACAAGGGCUGUGAAGACGUCUGUCCAGGUCUACCCAUUGCCGAGAGAGACAACGAGGACUUUGAUUGGCUCGAAUACUACAAUCAGAAGUUCAAAAAUCAAGAUCUAGAAGCGCUCAGAUUCCUCAAUGGACACAAGCAUCUCUUCGACGCGGCCAAACUUAAAGAAAUGAUCUUGCAAGAGCUGUCCAACCGCGAGCCAUUGAUUCAAAACCACGUACUACAGUACGAGCUGUGA